AUGUUCUUAAUGAUGGGAGCUGUGGAGCUAUUGCGGCGGUCUAGCAAUAUCAGAGGCGGGCUCGUGUUCUACGACGACACAGAUGAUAUACCGGACCAUGUUUCGUUUGCUUAUAAUUACGUCCCGGUCAUCCUAGGGUUGUCUCUUCUGACCCUCUGGUCAUUUACCGUAUACGAUGUGUUCCGUCUGGAGCCAUAUUUUCAGCUAUCCAAAGAACAAGCGUGCCCUGCUGAUGUGCUUUCUGCGAAUUACAAUUUUGGGCCUUUCGUAACGACGCCCAUCUUCUCGGCGAGAAGAAAACACUGGGUGGUGCUGCUUGUUUCCCUUGUGAACAUCUCAGUGCAGCUAUUGCUGCCCGCCAUGCUGAGCGCUUUGAUGGAUGUAGAUGAAGUUUCGGUCUUCAAUACCGAGACCUUGAGAAGCUGGCCGGAACUAUUGGAGGUUGAGAACCAAGCCGAAUGGAUCUCGUCACAACGCAAUAUGAGCCUCGAUUCCUUUACGCGGACAUACUAUGGAGAGCUACCGUCACGCCUCGCGGAAUUUGCGAUACCACCAGUCGAGCUUCCCUUCGACGACGAGGUGACAACAGCCUUGUGGGAACUAAACCAUACAGUUUACUGGACCGAGCUCUCAUGUUCCGAUUCGCGAGUUCACAGCCCAUCUACGGGAAAUAUUAUUGUUAGCAUGGGGGAACCACCGGGUGAACACUCUAAGGUAUCCUACGAACUUGACGGUCUGCAGUUGGCGUUCCUUUCGGGAUCGUCGCAGAACUGCACCUUAAGUGCGAACUACAGCGGCAUCUUCGACCUGAAAGCUACUUCAAUCCAGGCUCGACGCUGGGAGCUCGACGCCCUGCCAUGUGCUACAGGAGAUCUCUAUGGCUUUCUUCUCGACAUUAACUCGACGGAUAUUAGUCAAUUAGCCCGGCAGACAAAUAUCUUUCCCACCCAAAAUUCUACGUUCACGCCUAAAGCUGAGUUCUUCACUUGUGGCAUGAGAUUUUACAUGGCGAACGCAGAGAUUUCCAUGCGGCCAAAUGGUUCGGUUGUUGCGAUCAACGUUGAUGAAGGCUCGGUAUCAAGUCUGGAUACCUCACGGUUAAAUAUUCCUGGAAUCAAAACAUACCUAAACCACGAGGUCUGUCCUAAAGGGAAUAUAAGCCCUUUUGAUAAUGGAACUUUGAUAAAGCAUUCUCUUGACCGAUGUGCCUCGGAAAUGGGAAAUUCUAUACCUUCGAGCCUUGGCUCUCAGCAGUUCUCGCAGGCCCCUAUCUCAAUAGAUAGGUUCAUGUUUAAAAUCCGCAGGGAUGUGAAGAGAGGAUUUGCUCGCCUGCUGAGCCGCCUUUUCGACACAAAUGCUGCGUAUACUACCGUGCAGGGUGUUAGGACGACAGAUCAAGUGGCUAUCGUUGUCAUCGACUCACUCGCGUUCAUAUCAGAGAUAAUCCUUCUUCUCGGGGGAGCCACUUGUAUAUUCCUGGCUUUUUUCUAUCAGUCCCGCGAAAAUAUGCUAACGGCGGACCCGGGCUCGAUUGCAGCUAUGUACAGCAUCGUGGCCGAUCUUUUCAACCCCGCUGGGGUUCAGGCUUUUGCCCAGUACACAGACCAAUUCACCGCACGAGAGCUCAACCGCAAGCUACGUGCUUGGCAAUGCUACUGGUAUUGUGAACCAUCGGGUCGAAAGCUUGGAUUCAUACCCGGGGAAAUCUCGUCGCGCAAACGGAAUGGGAGGGUUUGGUUUAAAAAGCAGAUGCGCCGGCACCUCUCUGAUGCUGCAUCUGAUCGUUUAAGUUUCGCUUUGGGGAUUGUACCAUCUAUUAUUGCGUCUAUGAUGCGAGCCCUGUUCAAUUCGAUUUACUUGAAUCUCAGUGUCCUGGAGCCAUGGAUUCACCUCCAAAGGGGGGGAUCAGAUGCGAGGAGGUCCUUACUCCUAAAUAUAUCGUGUCAAAACCCCAUAACUGUCUUUUAUCGAUCUAUUCGUUCGCGCCACUUUGUUUUGAGCCUUGUCUCACUAUGUUGCAUCAUCAACAUCGGCCUUCCAGCCGUCCUAGGUACUCUGUUUACGCAAAGCCGCAUGGAAUCUCCUUGGCCCACCCAAGAUGUUAAGCUACGCUAUGACGAUUCGGUCAUUCUUGAAUCUAGUAUGGUUCCUAACGUCUUUCAAUACGGCCCUAUCGAAUCAGCUAUAUUAAAUGAGGUGCAAUGGCUUCCGUGGACUGCUCCUGACUACUCAUUCAUCCCGUUCUCAGCUGCUACGAAUAGUUUGGAUCGUACUUACCAAGCGGUGACCCUAGGAAUCGGGGCCAAUCUAGACUGUCAGAAAAUCCCACUUAUGCACAACGUUUCUGAGGAAAGGAAACGUGGAGUCUCGAGUAGCCACCCCUUCGCCAGCGCAAGGGAUACAGAGCAUAUGUCUUCUAUUCGAUCACACCGGAGCGAGGACGGAAGAGACCCGUAUUCCAUCCAGGCAUUAGCGUUAUCUGAAAACAAGGGAGACAAUGACAAUAACGAAUUCUUUGUCUUUUCAACCGGGAAUUCGAGGUCCAAGGGAGGCCUACAAAGCAGUCAGAAGGAAAUUUUCGCUUUGCAAUGUCAGCCGGUUGCUAGUAUAGACAGGUUCACGGUUGGAUUCAGUGCCAAUGGCAUAAUGCAAUAUUAUGUCCCAAUGGAAAGUACAAUCACGAGCGGGCAAUUAUUUAACAACGUGACAUCAAACCUGGCGAAAUACCAACGACAAUUUGUCUCGUCGCUCCAGGACGCUUCGGAAAAUAGCACAACUGCAGAUGGUGCUAAACUGUUCCCCUCCGAAUGGCCCGGCACGCUCAUCAAACUUGUCUACCAACAGACGAAUCCGGAGCUGACAUACGUCGACCCGGAUCUUCUUAUAGAUGCAACGACGCGGGUCUACAAAUGGCUCUUUGCGACAUACUUUUCUUUCUGCAGAGAUAUGCACCUCAAACCACUACCCAAGCCGAUACUCGUCAGCGAUGCUAAGGUCCUGCGAGCCACGUGGAGUAUCGUCCGGUGUCUCCCACCAUUCAUAAUCGCCCUCGUGAUGGUCACACUGAUGGCCAUUGCACUUGUUCUUGUAUUCAUAGUACGACAGGGCCAGUUCAAAGGCCCUCGAAUACCACGAUCCCUUGGCUCAAUGUUAGCCUGGCUCGCAGACAGCCCGAUUCUUCCAACGUUCUACGGCACCUACCACUGGAGCAAUGCUCAACGUCGGGAUUACCUGCUGACACUCGAUAAAAGAUACAUUUUCCGGCAGAUCACUGCACCAUCCGGGGCGCAGAAAUGGGCCAUAGAGGAGGAUCCGGUUGCGAAGGCCACGUGA